UAUACGAUGAAAAACGAAACACGAAACUACCAAGAUGAGAAUGCCUGCUUAGGAAUCGUAUAAACUGAAACUUCCUUCGAGGCAGUAGGAGCAAUGCCGCUAUGCCGCCAUGCCGCCAUGCCGCCGGUCUAGAUAUAUGAUCCGAAGUGUAAAUAACUGCCUGAAUUCAGCUCUGCCCGGGCCCUCUCCGGCGAUGGUCUUGGGUCAAAUCGAAUCUCCACAUAGCAAGAUCCGACACCGUCCCAACACGGUGUUCUAUCCACCCUGUGUUGCGUCCUAUAAAUCUGCCCGUGUCCUCUGUCAACGGUAUAAUUGUCAAUACCAUGCCAUUUUUCCUCUUAUCCAGGCAUUGAGCCUUCUCUCCGUGCUUUAUUUAUCCUGCCCUCUUCGCUUCUCUAUAUAUAUUCAGCUACACCAUUGAUUGUUUGAGUUCCAUUCAGCAAUAGCGCAGGACGUUAAAUUUUUUGCGCCACUAUCAAGGUCACGGAGCCGUCGCCGCAAGGACCAACGAUCAAGCGAGCCAACCAACGAAAUAGCGCCGUGAUCUACCUCCGUGUUCCGGACCCUAGAUAAGCUAAAAAAAAAAAAUUCGAAAAAAAAAAAGUCAAAAGGAG